ACAGUUGCUAAGGUGCACAUGGUGAGAGGCUUCCAUAAUACUUCAGUUCCUGCUCAAGGUGCAACAGUGGUGCCCCAUCAGCCUGAGUUGCUGUGUCCGGUAAUCCCUAUGUACCAUGACCCAGUUGUGCCUGUGGGUCCCACAGCUCCUCCUUGCGUGGCAACCUUUGUGGCUGCUAGUACAAGCCACUAAACCUCGGGAAAAAUUCCAGGACCCAGUCCAGCUGAUCUCCGACUCCUCAGGGCUUUCUGAGUCUUGGGUUCCACGUUCCUCUGAGCACUCACCUGGAUCACCCGAUGCGCACACACUCCCGGCAGACCCUGGGGGCUUUGAUUACCUGGGCUCCUCUGUUUCCUCCCAAAAGUUGGUCCCACCUGAAGAGUUGACUGAGGACUUGGUUCCAUUCCUGGACACGAAUUCAGCUCAAGAGCUGCCCCCAGAGCCAGACCAGCUUGAUGUUCUGUAUCAGGAUCUGAAUGAAAAGCUAAGUUGGCAACAAAGGGCCCCAGAGAUGGCUCCAAUGCUAGAAGGUAAUCUGCCUCCUCAACUCAAAAACAAGAUUCAAACUGCAGGUCUAGAUCAGGCUGCAGAUCAGUCAUUUGAAACACUUGUUCCGUCUCUAGAUAGUCAGAGUUCAAAGGCAACCACGUUUAUUGUUUCACCUCUGAAGCUGAAGAAGGAUCCAGCUCAGCAUCAGCGACUUUCUAAGGUUGUCGUUGGAACUCCAGACCAAUUUACAAAGCCUCAGCUUCCAGAGGAAAUGUUUCAGGAUGAUUAUAUACAUCCAAGCAUGGAUACACUUUAUCCUGGAAGCCUACCUCUGGAAUUCCAGGAGAACCCACAUGAACUCUGGGAGUCUCGUGAGCAAACUGAACCAUCUCAGUUCCAUCUAGAGGGCCAAUCCUUUUCACUCCAGCAAGAAACUCCAGCUCAACAUCCACUGCACCUUGAGGAGGAUGAAAAUCCUUCAACCCAGGGGGAGGACUCAGUUCAAAAACGACAGGUAAAACUUUCUCCAGAUCAACAGAAGGCCUCAGCUCAGCAUCUACUUGUUCGUGAAGAAGUUGGUCAGUCAUCAGUGCACCAUGAAGUCAAUGCUCCAUCUCCAAGUCCAAAGGAAGCUCUCCGCUCAGACUUGCCCAGUGUCACAGCUAAACCAGUAGACAUGACACUGACAAUGACAAUAACGCCAAAGGGAGGUAAGGAAGUUCAUCCUAUUGUAAGUCAGCAUCAGACCCCAGCACAUCCUCAAGAGAACACCAGGGAGAUAGACUCUUCCUCAACCCAAUCCAAAGCCCUACAUCAGGCCCCUGAGGUGGUGAGAUCUUUUUCAACCCAACAAGAGGGCCCAACUCAAGCUCCAAAAUCCCUGUGGGAAAGUAUAGCUCAGACUCCACUGGGUCAGGAGGUGACAGUUCAAUCUCUGAGUAAGAGUCAAAGUCAUCUGUCUAACUUGCCCAAGGUUACAGUUAAGCCUGCAGUUGUGGGAGUUACCAUAACUUCACAGCCUACCAAAAAGGUUGAGUCUUCUCCAACCCAGAAGGAGGUCCCAGCUCAGAUUCUUGGAACUCCUAUGGAGACAAAACUUACUCCCAGCGGACAGGGGCAGCUGAGUCAGUGUGAUGAGUCUCGUAAAGAGGCUAAAUUUGCUCUAGGUCAGCAGCAGGCCUUAGCUCAACCUCCAAGCCCUCCUGUGGACACUGAACAUUCAUUCAGGGAAAACAAGCAACAAAUUCAGCAUUCUGACAUAUCUGGGGUGGCUGAACAUUCUGGAAGUCGGUUGAAAACCCCAGAAGAAUCUGGAAGGUCCCAUGAGGAAAUUAAACCUCCAGUUCAGCAAGAGGCACCAGCUCAAGCUAUAGAAUCUUUGUUGGGGAGUAUAGCUCAGACUCCACUGAGUCAUGAGGUGAUAAUUCAACCUCCAAGUCAGGAACAAACUCAUCAUUAUAACUUGCCCAAUGUUACAGUUAAGCCUGCAGAUGUGGGAUUUACCGUAACAUCAGAGCCUACCAAAAAGGUUGAGUCUUCUCCAACCCAGCAGGAGGUGCCACCUCAAGUUCCGGGAGCUCCUGUGGCGACGGAACCUUUUGCUAGUGAACAGGAGAAGCCAGAUGAGUAUUCAGAGUCUCCAGUGGAGACUGAACCUUCUCUAGACCUGCAGGAGGCCUCUGCUGAACCUUCAGGCUCAUCUAUGGAGACUGAACCUUCACACCGUGCGCAGGAGCAGCCAGCUCAACCUUCUGUGUCUUCUGAAGAGACUGAACCAUCUAGAAGUCAGAUGGGAGCUCAAGGACAGCCUGGGAAGCCCCCUGAGGAAGUCAAACCCCCAGCGCAGCAAGAGGCUCCAGCAAGAGUUGCAGAAUCUCUGUUUAAGAGUGUAGCACAGACUCGACCAGGUCAUGAGCCGACAGUUCAAACUCCAAGUCAGGAUCAAACUCAUUAUUAUAAUGUGCCGGGUGUAACAGUUAAGCCUGCAGUUGUGGAAGUUCCCACUUCAGAGCCUAUCCAAAAGGUUGCAUAUGCUCCAACCCAGCAGGGGGCGCCACCUCAGAUUCUAGGAACUACUGCUGUGCAGACAAAACCUCCCAGUGGACAGGAGAAACCAGUUGAGUACACAGAGUCUCCCGUGGAGGCUGAACCUUCUCUAAGCCAGCAGGAAGUGUCAGCAAAUACUCCAGGCUAUUUUUUGGAGAAUGAACCUUCUAACAGUGAGCAGGAGCAGGCAGCUUCUCAGUCUGCUGAAGCAUUUGAACCAUCUGGAAGUCUGAUGCAAGCACCAGGACAGUUUGAGAAGCCCCAUGAAGAAAACAAGCCUCCAAUCCAACAAGAGUCCUCAGCUCAAGCUCCCGAAUUUCUGUUGGAGAGUGUUAUAGCUCAGACUCCACCGGGUCAGGAGGUCGCAGACCGACCUCCAAUCCAGGAUCAAACUCAUCAGUAUAACGUGCCCACUGUUACAGUUACAGUUAAGCCUCCAUUUGUGGCAGUUACCAUAACUUCAGAACCUACCAAAAAGGUUGAGUCCUCUCCAACACAACAAGCGGCACCAGCUCAGAUUCUGGAGGCUACUGUGCAAACAGAACUUCCUGUCAAUGAACAGGAGAAGCCAGCUGAGUAUGCAGGGUCUGCUGUGGAGACUGAACCUUCUCUUGACCAACAGGAGGCCCCAACUCAGUCUCCAGACUUUCCUGUGGACACUGAACCCUCACCCAGUGAGUUAGAGCAGUCAGCUCCACCUUCUUUCUCUCCUGAAGAGAAUGGAACCUCUGGGACCCAGAUGGAAGCUCCAGAACAGCCUUGGAAGCCUCCUGAGGAAGUCAAACCUCCAGUUCAGCAAGAGGGCCCAACUCAAAUUCUAGAAUCUCCUAACCAGAGUAUAGCUCAGACUCCACCAGGUCAUGAGGAGGCAGUUCAACCUCCAAGUCAGGACCAAACUCUUCAGUAUAACAUGCCCAGUGUUACAGUUAAGCCUGCAUAUGUGGCAAUUACCAUCACUUCAGAGCCUAACAAAGAGGUUGAGUCUUUUCCAACCCAGCAGGUGGCACCAGCUCAGAUUCUGGAGGCUCCUGUGAAGCCAGAACCUUCUGCUAGUGAACAGGAGAAGCCAGCAGAGUCUCCUAUGGAGACUGAAUCUUCUGUAGACCAACAGGAAGCCUCAGCUCAGCCUCCGGGUCCUCCUCUGGACACUGAACCUUAUCCCAGUGAGCAGGAGCUACCCAUGAACCCUUCUGAGUUUCCUGAGGAGGUUGAACCUUCUGGCAGCCAGCGGGAAACUCCAGCACAGCCGUGGAAGCCCCCUGAGGAAAUCAAUCCUACAGUUCAGCAAGAGGGCCCAGCUCAAGGUCCAGAAUCUCUUAUCCAGAGUAUAGCUCAGACUCCACCAGGUCAUGAGGAGGCAAUUCAAUCUCCAAGUCAGGAUCAAACUUAUAACAUGCCCAAUAUUAUGGUUAAGCCUGCAGAUGUGGCAAUUACCAUAACUUCAGAGCCUAACAAAGAGGUUGAGUAUUUUCCAACAGAGCAGGUGGCACCAGCUCAGAUUCUGGAGGCUCCUGUGGAAACAGAACCUUCUGUAGACCAACAAGAAGCCCCAGCUCAGCCUCCUGCUCCUCCUCUGGUCAACACAGAACCUUAUCCCAGUGAGCAGGAGCUACCCAUGAACCCUUCUGAGUUUCCUGAGGUUGAACCUUCUGGCAGCCAGCGGGAAACUCCAGCACAGCCGUGGAAGCCCCCUGAGGAAGUCAAACCUCCAGUUCAGCAAGAGGGCCCAGCUCAAGGUCCAGAAUCUCUUAUCCAGAGUAUAGCUCAGACUCCACCAGGUCAUGAGGAGGCAGUUCAGCCUCCAAGUCAGGAUCAAACUCUUCAGUAUAAUGUGCCCAGUGUUACAGUUAAGCCUGCAUAUGUGGCAAUUACCAUCACUUCAGAGCCCAACAAAGAGGUUGAGUCUUUUCCAACCCAGCAGGUGGCACCAGCUCAGAUUCUGGAGGCUCCUGUGAAGACAGAACCUUCUGCUAGUGAACAGGAGAAGCCAGCAGAGUCUCCUAUGGAGACUGAAUCUUCUGUAGACCAACAGGAAGCCUCAGCUCAGCCUCCGGGUCCUCCUCUGGACACUGAACCUUAUCCUAGUGAGCAGGAGCUACCAGUGAAACCUUCUGAGUUUUCUGUGGAGGCUCAGCCUUCUGAACAUGCUGAUAAUGUGGAACCUUCUUCAACACAGAAGCAGGAACAAAUUCUGUCUCUAGAGCAACAGCAAGUGACAAUUUCACCUCUGGGUUACCAUGAUACUCAACAUUCAGUUUUGCCGAAUGUUACUGUUAAACCUCCAGAUCUACACCUUAUAAUAACAUCAGAACCUACUGCGAAGGUGGUAACUUCUCCAAUCAUUGAUGACAUUAUAGAUCAGUCCUCUAUCCCAGUUAAUUGGGUGAAACCUACAACCCAGCAUGAGGCUCCAACUCUCCUUGUAGAACCUCCUGAACAGUUUAAAAUGUUUUCAAUCCAACAUGAGGCUCCAGCUCCAUAUACAGAAGGUUUUCAGGUUGAGAAACCCUCCUCAAUGCAGCAGGAGGCCACAGCUGAGAGUUUACAGAACUCCCCAAAGGUUGAAAAUUCCCCAAUGCAGCAUGAAGCUCCAUUUCAGCCAUCACAGAUCCCUAAAGAAGUUGUAGCUCAACCCUCAGAGCAUCACAAGAUAAUAGUUUCUCCUGCAGGUCAUGAUCAAUUUUGGCAUCCAAGAUUGCACAGUAUCACUGUUAAACCUUCAAAGUUCGCAAAUAAGGUGGAAACCUCAACCCCGCAGGAGGCCCCAGCUCAGUCCACAGGGUUCCCUGUGCAGCUUAAGCCUUUGAAAGACCAGCGGACAGUCUUGGCUCAGCAAUCUUCAGUUGAUCCUGGGAUCCUAAUUCAGCCCAAAGAAGCCAUUGAGGAUCAUUUUACAGGUGAGCAGGAGAAUUCAGCUCUGCCUCAAAAUCCCCCUGUAGGUGUUCAACGAAGAGCAUUCCAACAGGAACGUCCAACUCAGCCUCUAGCAUCCUCUGUGGAGAUAAGCAGCUUUUUUCCUUUUGAGGAGAUGACUACAUUUUCACCUCUUGAUCCAGAAACAACAUUCAAAGUCCAACAGGUGGAUCCAUCUCUGCUUCCAGAGCUCCCUGAGAUGGAACUAGCUCCAAUCCAGCAAGAGGCCACAAUUCAGCCUACACAACCACCUGAUAAGCUGGCAGCUUCUUCAGUGAAAAAUGAGGCCCUGUCUCAGAUCCUAGAGCCCCCUGAGAAAGUGAAGCCAUAUCCAGUCCAGGAAAAUAUUCCAGCUCAACCCCAAGAUCCCAUUAGAGUGAUUGAACGUUCUCCAACCCAGCAGGUAGACCCAGCACAGCUUCCAGAGCCACCUAAGGAGAUUGCAACUCAAGGCUCAGUAUAUCAGGUGGUGACAGCUCCAACACCAGCUCAAGAUCAAACUCAUUAUCUGAAGCCACCCAGCAUCACAUUUCAACCUCUGAACCUGGAGCUUACCAUUACUCCACAACCCACUACAGGGGGUGAACUUUCUCUAACUAUGCAGGAUACCCCAAAUCAACAUCAAGAGCCAACUAAGGGAGUUGUACCUCAAUUUCCUCUAUAUCAGGAGGUGACAGUUCAAACACCAGGUCAUAAUCAAGCUCAAUAUCCAAUGUCACCCAACAUCACACACAAACCUUUGGACCUGGAGCUUACUAUUACUCCAGAACCCACUAUGGAGGCUGAACAUUCUAUCACUCUGAAGAAGACCAUAUCUCCUCCAAAACACCCUGCGGUGACACUUCCAUCCCCUGGCCAGGUUCAGACUCAAUAUCCAAACCAGACUCAAGGCACAGUUCAACAUCUGGACCUGGGACUUAUCAUAACCUCAGAACCCAGUGAAGAGAUUGAACCUUCUCCAAACAUGCAGGAGACUCAAACUCAGCUUACAGAGCCACCUAAAGAGGUUGUAACUCAAUCUCCAGUGUAUUACAAGAUGACAGUUCCAACACCAGGUCAGGAUCAAACUCAGCCUCCAGUGUCAGCCAGUGUCACAGAUCAACCUUUGGACUUAAAACCCACCAUUAUUCCAGAACCCACUACAGAAUCUGAACAUUCCACAGCCCUGAAGACGACUACUGCUCUGCAUUCAGACAAGAUUCAGACUCAGCAUCCAAAUCUGACUCAAGUCACUGGUCAACAUUUGAACUUGGAACUUACCAUAACUUCAGAACCCAGUACUGUGGAUGAACCCUCUCCAACCAUGCAGGAGACCCCAACUCAGCCCCCUAAGGAAGUUGUAACCCAACCUCCAGUAUAUCAAGAUGGGACAGUUCCAACACAAGGUCAGGAUGAAGCUCAGCAUACAGGGUCACCUAGUGUCACAGUUCAGCCUUUGAAGCUGGAGCUUAGCAAAACACCAGUAUCCACUACAGAGGCUGAACAUUCUACAGCCCUGAAGAAGACUACAGCUCUACAUCCAGGCCAGGUUCAUACUCAGCACCCAAACUUAACUGCAAUCACAGGUCAACCUUUGACACUGGAUCUUACUACCACACAGUAUUCUGUAAACUACAUUCCAGAAAAUGCUUUAACUGUGCAAAAGGAAAAUAACAUAACCAAAAACAUCAACAUUUGUGAGCUCUGUACCUGCAGAGAUGAGACACUGUCAUGUACUGGUCUCAGCCCAACACAGAAGCUCCACCGAGUGCCUGUGCCAGCGCCCAACAGCUACAAUGGCACCUUCACCAUCUUAAAUUUCCAGGAAAACUCUAUUUCCUACAUUGAUGAAAAUGUUUGGAAAGCAUACCGUUGGACUGACAAAUUAAUUCUCAGUGAAAACUACUUGACUGAAUUACAUAAGGAUUCAUUUGAAGGCUUGCUAUCCCUCCAAUAUUUGGAUUUAUCCUGCAAUAAAAUACAAUCUAUUGAAAGACGUACAUUUGAACCACUCCCUUUCUUGCAGUUUAUAAAUCUUGGUUGCAAUUUACUCACAGAACUGAGCUUUGGGACAUUUCAGGCAUGGCACGGAAUGCAGUUUUUGCAGAAGAUAAAUCUCAAUCAUAAUCCUCUAACAACUGUUGAAGAUUCCUACCUGUUUAAAUUACCAGCAUUAAAAUAUCUAGACAUUGGAACAACACUUGUUUCACUUACCACAAUUGAGAACAUCCUUAUGAUGACUCUCGAACUGGAAAAAUUGAUCUUACCUAGCCAUAUGGCCUGCUGCCUCUGCCAAUUUAAAAAUAACAUUGAGGUUGUCUGCAAGACAGUCAAGCUGCAUUGUGACACUGCAUGUCUGACAAACACCACACACUGUCUUGAGGAAGCAACUAUACGGAAUCCCAAAGGAGCAUUCCUAAAGGCACUGCAAGCCCGGAGGAAGAACACCAGCACGGAGCUGACUAUUGAGCCAGAGGAGGAAAUUUCAGACAAAAGCAAGCUCGAUGUUCCAGGCUCCAUGAAAGAGCAGCCAGACUUUAAUGAUGAGAGUGAUGUUAUGAAUGCACUAAAUUAUAUAUUGCCUUAUUUGUCAGAGGGCAAUCUAGAAGAUGCAGAAUCAACAUUAUUACCAUUCAUUAGACCGCUUUUGUCAAAAGUACGUGAUAGAGAUAAACACUUGGGUUACCUGAAAACCAAUAAAAGGAGCCCCUCUCUUAAAACUGUAUCCAAUUCAACUUACAAAAGUAAAUUGAGGAAGCUCUAUUUUCUGCAAAAUUUAUUAGAUACAAAAAUUAAAGAAAAAAUUGAUGAGGUUAAAAGGAGAGAAAAAGCCGCCAUGCUUAUGCAGCCCAUGCUGUUAGGUCCCAAAUUUAAACGCCAAAUCUUCUUAAAGAAACUGGAAACUGCCCAGUCACAGCAGAACAGCCUGGCAACCACUCCCAGCGGAAGGCGAAGGCUGCAGAGAGUGAAAAAAGUCAUCAAGGGGCUAAAGGGCUUACGGAAAAGGCUCCGCCAGGAGAGGAGAAAGCAGAGCAUCAGGAGACAGCGCGCAGGGCCCCUCGGGGGGAGCUUCGCUGAAGGUGGGCUGGGGAGGGCAGGCCCUGGCGAGCUGGAGGAGCUUAACCACGCGGUGCAGCGGCCCAGCCAGGGGGUAGGAAACUCCCUCCACGCUGAGCCCUCGCUCACAAAGGAACACGAAGCCGUGGCCUCCCCUGUGCUGCAGGAACACAUCGUGGGCAGGUCUUCUGCUGUCUCCCUCGUAGAACCUCUCCCUGAGUUCAACAACAAAGGGAAAGACUUAACCUACACCAUGCUUGUUUUAGAAGACGCAAAUGCUAGAGUGAAAAAGAUGGAGGCAGCAAAACCAAUCUAUUCUGAACCAAAUUACCGCUUUCCUAAAACCCGCUCUCAUCUGGUCCUCAGAACCCCCAAGGCCAAACUGAGUCGGAAGUUCAGAAGGAAAAAUCCCCUCAACACACAGGUGUCUGUAAAGAGGCCUGCCUUCCUUGCGUUGCGGAGUCUCAUAGGCUCGCCUUCCCGAGAGGCCUUCUCGUCCCCGGGAGACCUGACUUCUCAGCGAAGUCCCGCUCUGGAAGAGGUUGUCUUGGAAAACGUUACUGAAGAAAACCCUUCUAUGGGAGACGAUUUGGAAGGAAACACUUUGGUAGAAAACAUGGUUGAGCUGGAAGAAACACUCCCUGCCAACACAACCCGGGAGAAUCCUUUGGCUGCAGGUUCUGCUGGGACUGCACUCAGCCCGAUGCCGACCGCUAAGCACACCAAUGAGACGCAACGGGAGCACCCCAACAUGAGCACUGAUGCCCCCUCCACACCCGCAGACUUCACCUACCCCUCCCUGUCGUCCCCGGGGGAUGAGUUUGAAAUUCAGCUCAACCAGCAGCUCCGCUCCCUCAUCCCCAACAACAAUGUAAGAAGGCUCAUUUCUCAUGUUAUCCGGACUCUGAAAAUGGACUGCUCGGAGACCCAUGUGCAACUGGCCUGUGCCAAGCUCAUCUCCAGGACAGGCCUCCUGAUGAAGCUCCUCAGUGAGCGGCAGGAGGUGAAGGUGGCCAAGGCAGAAUGGGAUACGGACCAAUGGAAAACUGAGAAUUACAUCAACGAGAGCACAGAAGCCCAGAGUGAGCAGAAGGGGCCGGACUCGAGAGAGCUCACAAAAGAAGUUCCAGGAUAUGGCUAUAACAACAAACUCAUCUUGGUACUAUCUGUGACUUCAGUAGUGAUGAUUUUGAUUAUGAUUUUCUGUUUUAUUGAGAUUUACUCUCACAGGACAGGAACAGGGGAAGACAUAGAAAAAUCUCCAAGGGGCUUUUUGCAACACGCGCCCAGGAAGUGCACAGACAGCGAGGCGCAGGAGGGCUUUUUCUGGCUAAGGUGGCCCCUCUGGCUGCGGGAUAUGUACAGACCGCUCAACGCCACGCGCAAGACAGACAUGGCCCGGAAGCUCCACGACAAGGAGUCUUCCGACGAGGACGAGACCGUCAACAAGGAUGCAGGGGAGCCCCCCGCAGCCCCAGCCGAGAAGGAGGCCCCUACGGAGUCGACAGCCGAAGGAGAGGAGAGCGAAGCGCCCGAGGAGCAGCCCACAGAGUGACCGCCGCCCGGCCGCCCGCCAGUUAUGUGUUCUAACAUUGGCUUCUCAGCGUUGCUUAUAAAAUACUUAUUUUCUCAUA